GGCAGUGCCGCUGCUUCGCCGCACCCCGCGCGCCGGCACGGGGACGCGCCGCGCUGGGAGCGGUGGCCGUGGCACCAGGUGCUGGCGCCCUGGGAUCCGGCCGACCAAGGAUACACGGCAGAAUACCUGUCGCUCAAGAAGGACGACUGGCUCAUGGUCUGCCCCGACCAGGAGGACGGCUGGGCCUUCGCCCACUCUCACAGGCUGGGCGUGCAGGGCUGGUUCCCCCCGACCUACAUCCGCGCCGAGCCAGCGGCCCCCUCCUGA